AUGGGGGCUCAGCCGGCUGCCAAGUGUAACCCCUCCAGCCACAUGUUGGAGGCUGGAGAAGUGACCACAGACCCACCGAAGAGGAACCUUCCCUUGUGUGCCCAGGUAAGCCCAGCAAGCAGCCAUCCAGGGAAUGGGGGUGACUACCUGCUCUGCAUCUCCCAGAGAGCGGCUGGGAGUGAGGCCCUGGGGCUCAGUUCAGCUCCAAGCAGGAAUCGCCAGUGGGCCCCUUCAGCCAAAGGUUGGCGGAGGAAUGGAUCUCAGGCGUGUAAGAGACUGAUUCUGGCCUUCUCCCCGCCUCCCCCGCCCUCCAGCGUUCCUUCCAGUGCACCGGGCCUCAGGCCAGUGGGACCGGCACAGCAAGAGCGCACUCACAUUUCCAAAAUAUCUACGCACGAGGCUCUUCGGGAAACAAACGGAUGCCUUCAAGCAACACAAAGGGGAUCCAAAAGCUCACCCUGGUUUUCUCCUGUCCCCACCCACCUCUCUGAGAUAAAGAGCCGGGAAACCGGUUCCCAAACGGUGGCGGUAGAAGGGGACGCUGCAACUGCCCUAAAGCAGCGACUCCCGCGGGGAGCUGAGCACCGGGGCGCAGGCGAUCCCGACAGGGCGGCCAUCUCACAAUGCAGUUCUCCAACCCCCAAGCGCGAAGCCCACCCCGCAGCCACAGCGCUGCGGCUCCACCAAGCCGGACCACCGAGGAGCUCGAGGCCGCCCCCUAGCUGUUGUCAGCCCACGCAGGGGACCCGCACCGGCGCCGCUCCCUCCCUUCUGCACACCACAUCACUUACCCUACGGCUACCACUGCGCACCCGCGGCCUCCCUACAAUAGGGUACUUUCUCCGAGCCCUCUUCCUCAGAAAAGCAACGAACACCGAACCAAGGCUAUGCCAUGCGGCAAAGGCACCCUCUCCCGUUUUAACGCUUGCCUAAGGCUUCCUGGUGACUCAGAGGGUAAAGCGUCUGUCCGCAAUGCGGGAGACCCGGGUUCGAUCCCUGGGUCGGCUGAUCCCCUGGAAAAGGAAAUGGCAACCCACUCCAGUAUUCUUUCCUGGAGAAUCCCAUGGACCGAGGAGCCUAGUAGGCUACAGUCCACCGGGUCGCAAACAGUCGGACACGACUGAGCGACUUUUUUUUAAAACGCUUUCCCUUCACAAGGGAUUUUUCUCCCAUAACCCACUGAAAUAACCCGCAGAAAUGCACUCCCCCCCCCCCCCGACCCCUGCCGCGCAAAGUCCUGCCUGCCACCUCCUGGAGCACAGCCCUUGCUAACCCCAGCCCCCCAAAUCUGAAACACCUGGAGCCGGCCUCCCACUCCUUUGUUACCUAGCCCAAGCUCUUUAAGGACCGGCCAAUAAAUCAGGAGCCAAGUUGUUGGAAGGAAGAAUAACGAUUUUAAUCCGAAAGCCAGUAAAAGAGAAAGGAGAACAGACUCAGACUCAAAAAGCAAAAUCUCCAAUUCAACAACUCCUAUUAUAAGGAAGAAGGGGAGAGAAGGCCGGGGCUGCAGCCCUGACCAGUGGCUGAGCAGGACCAUUGCUGGUGGCUUAAUAACAGUUACUCCCUUUCGGGAGGACGCACCAUGGUGCCCACCAAUGGCUGAUUUGUUGUUAUUUAGUCACUAAUAAUGUCAGACUCUGCCACCCUGUAGACUGCAGCAGUCAGACUUUCCUGUCCUUCAUUAU